UCUCAGACACACACACCUCAGCAUGGUCAUGAAGAAUGGACAGUUUAACAUCAGCACAUUAUGAACUUUACCGCUAUACUACAGUGGGUGCCUCUUUUGGCAUUAUUUGGGAAAAUCCAAGGCCAAGCAUUACGUUUCACCACCCAGGAGGAGCAAGAAGUGGGCAUCAAGAUCGGAAGUCUAAGCACAUACUACUCACCUCCAUACCAGCUCCUCGGUGAGAAGUACAUCAGGGUGGAUGAGAGCACAGGAGACCUGUACACUACAGAGCGCUUGGACAGAGAGGCUUUGUGCCCUUCACAGAUCGACAACGACUGUGAUAUUUCAUACAAUGCACUCGUGACUCCUAAUCUUGAACUAGUACAGUUAGUUGUCACGGUGAAGGAUAUUAAUGACAAUGCUCCUUACUUUGUAAACAGCGAGAUUCAUUUGAGCAUACCUGAAGACGCAUUGAUCGGGAGCGGUUUCCCUCUGGACGAUCAAGCGCAGGAUGAGGAUGCUGGUCACAAUGCAAUGAUACGUUACCACUUAGAAGCCUCUGAUGGAUUUUUUGGCAUUAAACAAAAUGGGGAUCAACUCGAGUUGACGGUAGAAAAGGAACUAGACCGUGAAACUCUAGAAAAUCACUUCUUGAUUCUUGUUGCAGUCGACGGAGGUUCACGUAGCGCUACUGCUAAUCUCACUGUAACUCUAACUGAUGUAAAUGACAAUUGUCCAGAGUUUGACUCUAGUAGCCCUUACAAUGCCACUGUGCCAGGAAUAGGAACUAAGGGCUCACCGGUGGCACAGCUUAAGGCCACAGACAAAGACCUGGGGCGAAAUGCUCAGAUCACGUUUUCGUUUAGCCCUCAGAUUUCAGACAGGGCCAAAACACUCUUUCACAUAGAUGGACACACGGGUCUGAUCAGCUUAGCUGUUGAUGUACAGGUCGACACUUCUGAAGAGCACACGUUGAAAGUUGUGGCCAAUAGCCCUCUUUGCACCUCUGCUCAAACUCAGGUAACCGUAUACAUUCGGCCACUGGCACACCUAGAGCCGACCAUAAGGAUCAAGUUUGCCAGAAAGCAUGAAAACCGAGCGAUCGUAUUACCGGAGAACGAACCCUCCGAUGUCUUGGCAAUUUUGGAGCUGGAAGAGUCCACUGCUGGUAGCAGCUCUCUGUCCUUAGCAGCAGAUAGCUUGGCAUUUUCUUUAAAGCGGACACAAGAAGGCAAAUAUUUACUUUCAACCUCAAAGCCUCUAGAUUAUGAGACCUGUAGCAAAUACAAUGUCACGGUGGUUAUCUCUGAUGCUCAAGGCAAACGGCUGCGUGAAGGUGAAGUGAUCAAAGUGGAGAUUGAAGAUGUAAAUGAUAACGCACCAGUGUUUGAACAAGAACACUAUGAAACAAAAAUCACAGAGAACAACAAACCCUGGGAAUUUCUGUUGAAGGUCACAGCUACCGACGCAGACAGCCAGGAGUUUGGUACAGUAAGGUACGAGCUGUUAGACUCAGGUCCUUUCAGGAUCAAUGAAGAGUCUGGUGUCAUACUCGUGUCAGAGUCUUUGGAUAGAGAGCAGAAGGACACGUACAAACUGACUGUAUGGGCCAGAGACGGUGGUGUUCCUCCUCAGGAGGGGUUUGCGGUGGUGACCGUAAUUGUACUGGAUCAAAACGACAAUCCUCCUGUCUUUCCCACUCCACACUUCUCUUUCUUCGUGUCUGAGAGUAUUCCACAACUCGCCAAAGUCGGGGACGUCCCAGUGAGCGACGCUGAUAAAGGAGACAACGGGCGAGUAGUCGAUGUGCGUAUCUUAAAUGAAAACGUCCCUUUUGCUAUAGACGUCGCUCAAGGAACGCUUCGUAGCACGGGUGAAGUUGACCGCGAGAAGCAAGGCCGCUACGAGCUCAUGGUCGUAGCUGUUGAUGGUGGCACUCCGCCGCUUUCCACAACGGUCAAAAUGACGGUUUUUGUGGAGGACGUCAAUGAUAAUAAACCUCAGGUCAUCCUUCCAAGCAGCAACCUCUCGUGUCUGACCGUACCUCCAACCACCAGAGCGGGAAGCAUCGUCACAAAGAUCUACGCCAUCGACGAGGACUCGGGAAUAAACUCGGACAUAACUUACCAAAUUGUUCCAAGGCAACCAUCUCUUCACAGCCCCUUCCAGAUCGACCCACGCUCCGGGAACAUCAGCCUGGUGCAGAGCCUGCGAGGCGAGGACUACGGCAUGCACCACCUCUUCAUAGUCGUUCGUGAUGGUGGAGAGCCAGACCCGCUGCAGACCACCGUAUGGGUCAACCUGCUGGUCAACGAGACUUUGGAAAAUUGUCUUGUGAAGGACGUUCCACAGACGCCGACGCCGCAAACUCCGGCACCGCGCCUGUACGCAGACCUCAGAUGUGAAUCAAACGCCCGGCCUAUGUUUCUGUGUGCUCUGGGUCUGUUGCUUCUCUCAGUCUGUGUUCUUCUGACGGCUGUAAUGGUGUUUGUGAAGCACAGAUGCGAGAGAAGCAAGGUGAACAAAGAGAGUAUGUGGGAAACUAAAGACUUGCAUGAACUAAACCAAUUAAACCAUAUGGAAUAAUGAUCAAGACACAAAAUAGGGUUUGCAUGAAUAGUCAUUUGAUGGUCAGUAGUGAUGUUACUAACUAGUAACUUCUUUUUUUCAGUUAUAUGAAAGUAGUGCAGGUGAUGCUUCCACCAACAACAUGUGAAAGACCAUGGGUCUUUAUUAGGGGGUCCGGUGACCCGUGGGGGUCUGUGGUGGUAUUACAGGUGGUCCUCAAAUUAUUGUUUAUAUUCAAAACAUUUAACUUUAGUAAACAACAAUUAAUAGGCUAAUAUAAAAAAUAGCAUUCCCACAAUUUGCCAAAAAAUUAUUAUUUUCAUAUAUUUGUAAUGUAAUGAUGCUAACAAAGUCAAUUCAGUCCCUGCUUCUCCUCUCUAUCCAUUAAAGGCGGGGUGCAUGAUUUUUGAGAAACACUUCUAGUCAGGCCGACUACUAAAACACACUUGCAGCCAAUCAGCAGUAAGGGCCGUGUCUACUAAGUACCGACAUCAUUGCCUGGGUUGCAUAUGUGUGGGGCGGGACUAUCAAAAGAAGGUCCAGAUUCUAUUAGGGUAGGGGUGUGUUUGUUUAGGUGAUUUCAAAUAUCAACAUUGGCUUUCAGAGAUCAUGCAUCCCGCCUUUAAGGGGUCCUUGGCCUAUAAAAGGUUAAAGACCUCAACCAAAAGACCAAAAGACUAUCAUGUCACUGUAUAGUGCGCAUUUCUUUCUUGAUGUAAAAUAGUUUGAUCAUGUAAAUUCAGAUCAUUUGUGUACAUUUUACAUUUUGUGUAUUUAGUUUUAUUAUAAAUAUUUAGCAUUUAAAUAGUCUUAUAUAUUAAAUUCAGUAUCAGGUACUGAAAACCCCACAUUACUCAACCACUUCUAACUCGGUUUGGUUAGCACUAAUAUCUCUAUAUAGUCGCUAUAUCACCAGUGAGCUGUAUUAGUUAGUAUUACUGGUAGUUGUUAGUUUUAAGUACUGUAACUUACAGGCUGAAAUGCCUGCAGUUCUUUUCUUGUGUGUUUCUCAUAGUUUAUAAUAUAAUAAAAUUCACAAAGACCAAAGCACUUAAAAAUGACUGAAGGAACAUGAUCUGUUUAUCUUCAGCGGCCAUUGUGUAGAUUACAAAAGUGCAGUCAUGCAGAAACAAAAAUGUUCCUGUACAGAUUUCCUUUUUCCAUUGAAUUAUUGUUAAUCAUGCUUGGUCAAAACAAGUCUAGUGUGUUAAUGAUAAACCACACAAGUUUAAUCAUUUAAAUAAAGAUCAGUUAAAUGAAAAAGUGUAUCUCUUCCAUACAAAUCUGAAUGCUAAUGUAAAAGGGCAUGUACUUUACUGUAUAGUGUAUAAGGCCAAACGCUUAAAAAGCCACUGAUAACUAAAUGAGUGCCCUCAAGUUUCAGCAGUAUGAGGGUUAGAUUUUUCACCUCAAGCAAGAUUAUUAAAACCUUAAGAAAUUGUGGUUGGUUUACAGAUGGGAGAUCUCAGGCAAUCUCAUGUUACCAGGUCUUCUGUCAUCUGAUAGUCUCCUAUUCAUCACAUGUAACGUAGGUGGAUCAGAGACUUAAUAUACAGCAGCGUCUGGCUCUUUGAACUAUUAAAGCAACACCAAAGAGUUUUUUUACCUUAAAAUAACGUUUCCAAAACGUUCAUCCACUCUAAACAGGGUUAACGGCACUUUCACAUUCGCUUUGCAGCCCUCUAUCGGCCAAAACCGCACUAAAGAAGUUUCCAAACGUCGGGUAGUGGUCCUGUAGUUCGAGUGAAUACUACAAAAACUUGCUUUACGGCAGACCUACAAUCCAAUCAGAGCCAGCUAUGCCUCAGUAUUUAUGACAGUGGGUAAUGGACAAUUACGCUUCUAACCUGUAGGGGGAGCAAAGAGCCAAAACUCUUUGGUGUUGCUUUAAAGGAAGAAGGAAAUUAUAAGUUGCUCUUGUUUUUAUGCAGGUUAUCUGGAGAAGAAUGUGGAUAUACUGUAUGAGAAAUCUCACCAUUAUGCAAAUAAUUGGAGAUGCACAAAUAUAUCGGCCAGUUAUCAGUAUUUGUCAAUAAAAGCCAUUUUUCUUAUAAAAACAGUCAUACUCUCAAUCAAAAGAGAAUGAGAAAAUGCAAUGAAUAACAGCGCUGUGUAUAAGAAACAUCACUAGUUCAAUAUUAAUGGUCAUUAUGUGAAUGAAUAACAUUCAGAAAAUGUAAUCUUCAGAAUUUAGUUAAUGCAAGUUCAUAUAUAACCACCAAACUAUCAGUAUCAUAUUACUCUGAAUAAAUCGGAAUCGGUGGAAAAAUUUAAUAUUGGUGCAUCUCUAAAAAAACAUUUUACAUUUUAUUUCUUUAUUCAUAAACUACUUUGUAAAUGAAAAAUAAAACUACCGGUAUCCAAAACAUGUUUGAGCAGCAUUGCAUAUUUUCAAUGGUGUAUAGGACUGAAAUACUUUUUCGAAAGAAUCCUGAAAAUAUUUAACUCUAUCUUGUCAAAUAUGUAAACAUUGCCACAAAUCUGAUUUAAGUCCCCACGCAAGUGAAAAACUCAGACACCCCACUGAUUUGUUUUCAUGCUCCAGCUCUACAUUAUUCCCUUCUCACAGAGAUAAAUAUAAUGUGCUUUGUAGUAGAAUAGGAAUACAAUUACAGUAUUAAAAGGAAACAAAAAAACAGAUCAGUUAAUGAUGUUUUUUCAUGUAUUUCCCUUUUUUUCAGUUAAAGGAAGUGCAUUUCACAGCGUAAGAGCCGUGAAAGAGAAAUCUCUAUCACAUAAAGAUUUUAAUCUACAUGCAACUGCUCAAGAGUGACAGAUUUGUGGUGAGAGAAAGUGUCGACUGAAAGACUUUAUUCAAUUAUUUGGUAUUAUAUAUAUAUAUAUAUAUAUAUAUAUAUAUAUAUA